UAGUAGAUAUAAACUUCUAAAUACCUUUUCUCAUCAGCAGUUAGAGCAGUCUUGUGACUUCUAUCAGUGUUCAGCAAAACACUGGUUAAAGCUUGUAGGAGGAGUUUUCAUUCUGCUCUAGGAGAAUGCAGGACCCAUGACCUUUGUCUGGACAGUGCUGAUUGGCCCUGUGCUGAUCACAUGCACUCUCCCAAGCAAUACACGCCAAACUGAGCAUGUGCAGAGUGACUCCACACAAUAUGUCUUAUCAGGAAAUAAGAGGGGGACACUGUAAGAAAGGGAUGAUCAGAGAAGACAGUAUUAAACAU